CCUGGGCAGAGAACCUGCAGCCCGGGCUGAGCCGCUGCUGCUGCCCUGCGGGUCUGUGCGGGGAGAGCCCUUCCCUAGCGCCCCUCUGUGCCCAGCCGGGGGGACUCUCUGCGGGGGCUGGAACCAGCCCCUGGGGCAGCCCCGGGCUCUGCCGACACCAGCCCCUGAGCCGGAGCCUGCAGGGGCUGGUGGUCGUCAAGGAGGUGGCUGUGUAUUCCACCAUGGAGCUGUGCGUCCUGCUGGAUCCUCACCAAAAAGCCCUGUACAGGGACGUCAUGCAAGAAAGCUAUGACACCCUUAUGUCGCUGGAAUUCCCCUUCCUGAAAACAGAGGUGAUCUCCGGACUGGAACGGCGUCGCAGAGGCUCCAAGGGGAGGGAGAUCCCAGCAGCGUCUGGCACAGGUGAUGGGACGGUGAGUGAGACCGAGGAGGAAAAGCCUCCAAAGGAAGGCCCUGAUCCAGCGGAACCACAGGAGAAGCUGCCAGGAGGAUUUUCAGGAGCUGUUUGCCAGGGGCCUGCUGGGGUGAGGCUGGGAGGGGCAAGGAGGAGACAGGGCAAACCUGCCCCUCAGGGGCCCAGCCCCAAGAAACUGCAGGAUAUCAUGGCUCACCAGCGGACGCCCCAGGGCCAGAAGCCCUACCGGUGCCAGGACUGCGGCAAGAGCUUCAUCUGGAGCUCUCACUUGGAGCGGCAUCGGCGUGUCCACACGGGCGAGCGCCCCUAUGCCUGCCCUGAUUGCGGCGAGCGCUUUACCCAGAGCUCCCACCUCCGGCAGCACCAGCUGGCUCACGGCGGCGAGCGCCCCUACAAGUGCGGCGAUUGUGGCAAGCGCUUUGGCAACCCCCCAGCCCUGGUGGCCCACCAGCGUGGCCACCUGGAGGACAAACCCUACCGCUGUGCCCAGUGUGGCAAAGGCUUCACCUGGAGCUCCCACCUGGAGCGUUACCAGCGCAUCCACACCGGCGAGCGGCCCUACCGGUGCAGGGAGUGCGGGGAGGCCUUCGCCCAGAGUGCUCACCUCACCAAGCACCGCCGGACCCACACCGGGGAGCGCCCCUUCCGCUGCCCACACUGUGGGAAGGGCUUCGGGGACAGCUCUGACCUCACACGACACAAACGGACCCACGCAGCUGGGAGCAUCAGGCAGCGCCAACGACCUCACAAGCAGAGCCCGGCCAAGCCCAGGAAAGCUCAGCAGGAGGGGAAACACAGCCGCUGCCGCCAGGGUGCUGGGGAGAGCUCGGGGCCACCACAAUGGCAGCAGGGUCCCCAGUGCAAGGACUGCAGGCUGGGCUCCAAGCCCCGGAGAGCUCACCAGGAGGAGGCGUGUGGCUGCUUCAGGGAGAGCUCGGAGCUGCUUCAGGGUUCAGAGGUCCUGGGACCCCAGCCUGAGCGGAAAUCCCACCCCUGUGGGCACUGCGGGAAGGUCUUCACCUGGAGCUCCCACCUGGAGCGGCACCGGCGUGUCCACACUGGCGAGCGGCCCUAUGCCUGCCCCGAGUGUGGUGAGUGCUUCGCCCAGAGUGCCCAUCUCACCAAGCAUUGCUGGACCCACACUGGUGAGCGGCCCUACGCCUGCCCCCACUGCGGGAAGGGCUUUGUCAAGAGGUCCAACCUGGCACGGCACCGGCGCACCCACACCAGGGAGAAGCCCUACAGGUGCGGGCAGUGUGGGAAAGGCUUCAGUGUCCGCUCAGCCCUCUCCAAGCACCACAGGGAGCACGCAGGGAGCACACCGUGAGCAGGUGCCACCGAGAGCCUGCGCCAGGCUGCCCCAUCCCCUCCUCAGGGAGAGGAGAGGGGAACCUGGCACUUCCACUUCCCAUCGCCCACUUGGGAGAAGGCCUCCGGGAUGGCCUGAGGGCCUCUGGGCCAGAGACACCCCCCCACACAGGACGGCCCAGGGGCCUCUAGACCGAGACCCCUCCAGGACGGCCCGAUGGCCUCACUACCUCUGAAAACCCCGUGCUGUAAAGCACACUUCCAGCUUUAGUACUGACGUAUCCUAAAAGUGACUCUUGAAAUGUGGCCGUUUCGUCACCCUACAGCGCCCUGCAAUCACAGGGGCUCCGUUUUCCAGCAAUAAAAUCUUUUUUCUCACUGCCAACCCUGGGAUGGAAGAGAAGCGCUGGGUUCUUUCCUUUUUAUGCAUCAUCACCAGGAAUAAAGGGUUCAUGGGGCAAAUUCUUGCAGCCCGUGGCACCCUCACCCUCUGCGACCCCCCCAUGACAGAUUUCAUGCCCUGAGGGCCACACAUAGGUCGGCCCC